GAUUGUCCUUUGUGAUGGAAAUUAGUUCAUCAUUUGAUCGGCAGGGGAAUUGUUCGUUCAGCUGAUUUUUCUUCUAUGCAUAACUUUUUAACAACCCCAAAAUAUGGGAUCAUGUGGAUGGUUGGAGAGUGCCAAAGAAAUAUUGGCACGACAAUGUCCCGACACAGGAAUUUUGGUGAAACAAUCUGCAUCUCAAGAAGCAUUCAUACACGUAACUGCAGCACAAUGCCCUCUUAAUCCUAUAUCUCCCUUUACCAAUGCAUUCAUUUUAGUGAUUAACUACAAAAAGCCGAAAUUUUGUUUACAAGUUUUGGCAUUUAAUGGGUCAGUGAUCUGUACCGAGUGGCUAGAUGAUCUCUUGAAAUCGACCUUAAUCCACGACUUUGCGUCGUGGCAGCUGUGUCCCGGUAUCCCUUGGGACCCAGAUCCCAAUUUCUCGACUGAGUAUCACAAUGGAAUCGCAUUUUCUCGUCACCAAAGAUGUGAAUAUGUCAUCCAUGAAGAUAUCACGAAACCGUGCCAAAAUUGUGAUCCCAGAGGUGUCAGAACUCCAUUGAAGGAUGACCAAGACCUUGAAUAUCUUCAGCCGCAGAUGCUGGUCGCUGCCGAUGAUGAAGACGCUGAAGAAAAGUUUGGAAAGGAAGAAGAGAUUCCAGAAGAGGAGGAAGAAGAGCAACAAGAGGACGACAGAAGUUUUAAAAAAAGAAAGAUCAAUUCCAAAGCCAAGAUUUCAUGCACCAAAUGUCAGACAAAGUAUGCAUCAGAGAGCGCUUUGGCGAAUCAUUCUUGUAUCGGAGUUCGGCCUCGGUCUUGUCCCAUUUGUCUGAUCCAAGUCAAGCUCUCUUGCAAGUACGACAUGCACCUCAAAAUUCACGCCCAUCGAUUUGACCUGGAUCAAGCAAUCUCGUGUCCCAAGUGCGAUGCCACAGUGUCCAAACUUGAGAUGACCGAUCACUUUCACGCCAACCAUGAUCGGACUCGAACCUGUUGCGUGGAAUGCUUGAAAAUUGUUCCCAAUGCCAAGAUGUACAACCACUUUCAUGGCAGUCACAAUCAGGCCAAGGACAAAUUGUGCACUCUUUGUGGGAAGAAUUUCCGAGAUCGCCCCAUGUUGAGCGUCCACAUGGCCGUGACUCAUAAUAUCGGGGUGGAGGAGGCGGUGUGCGACUUUUGUGGGCGUUCUUAUCCACAUCGUUACCUCAUGUUGAAACAUAUCAACAUGGUCCAUAAAGGUCGAACUGGGCCACAAGCCUGUCCAACCUGCGGGAAGGUAUUUGAGACCCUGCCAAAGUUGAGCAAGCACCUAAAGCUCCACACCAAGUUCAAGUGCAAUCUGUGCGAGGAUUAUCUCAACGGGAAAUUAGAGGCUGUGUAUCGCCAUUUGGAAGAGGUGCAUCAAACCGAGCCUUCCUUGGAGCACAUCACCAAAUUAGAGAACACUGGUAUCGCCUCCAAAGGCCGGAACAAACGCGCCACGAAGAAAGAAAUGAUCC